CCUUCCCUCUUUAAUUAAAGAGUUCACGGUUCAGCUUUCAUUAUCUUCACUCUUUAGUCUCUCACUCAAGCUUCGUCCGAUCCAUCAGUCAAACUCAAACACUCUUCUGUGUCCUCCAUCGUCUUCCACAAUAAAUUAAUAAAAAUGGAAGGUCAGAUUUGCGUGGUGGCAGGUUAUGGGUUGGGCCAUCUCCACCCAUGCAUGGAGCUCUGCAAGCAUAUUUCUUCCAUGAUUUACCAUACUACCCUCCUUUUUCCUUCUAUUUUCGCUUCUGCCAUUCCCCCCUCAUUCUUGCAACGGCCCCGCUCCCAAAUAGUUCAGCUUACCUCCUCUGGCCGACCCAUGCCUGGAUCCGACCCACUACGCCAGCCGUGUGCUGAGGAUCUCGAGACGCACCUACUAAACUGCUUAGAGAAUCCCGACUUGCCCACGCCUCUAUGCGCAAUCGUUGAUUUCCAAAUGGGCUGGACCAAAGCCCUUUUUUCAAAAUUCAAUAUACCGGUUAUCAGUCUUUUUACUUUCGGUGCAUGUGCUGCCGCCAUGGAGUGGGGCGCGUGGAAGAUUCAAGCUUCUAAUAUCACAUCCGGCGAAACUCGGGUCGUUCCGGGGUUACCAGAAGAAAUGGCAUUAACCUACUCGGAUCUUAAACGAAAACCCGGUGGUCCGCCAAAACCCGGUGAUAUGCCACGGUGGGUUCCAGGAAUUGAAGGAUCAAUCGCAUUGAUGUUCAACACGUGUGAUGAUAUUGACGGUCCCUUUAUUAAGUACAUAGGCGAUCAGAUGGGUUUGCCAGCUUGGGGUGUAGGACCACUACUGCCUGAACAGUAUUGGAAAUCCUCUGAACCGUUGAUCCGUGACCGAGAGAUAGGAGAACAAAAGCGCCAGUCGAGUUUGACAGAUCAGAAUGUGAUCCAGUGGCUGGAUUCGAAGCCACAUGGAUCGGUUACAUACGUUGCGUUUGGCAGUGAAGUCGGUCCCACCACGGAAGAAUAUCAACAAUUGGCCGGUGCGUUAGAAGAAUCGACCCGACCGUUCAUUUGGGUCAUACAACCUGGGUCGGAAGCACACAUUCCUCAGGGUUUAGAUGAUAGAGUCGGUAAUAGGGGUUUGAUUAUAUACGGUUGGGCACCACAGUUAAUGAUUCUGAGCCACGAAUCAACGGGUGGAUUUUUAUCACAUUGUGGAUGGAAUUCAACGAUGGAGGCAAUCGGACGUGGGAUCCCAUUUUUGGCUUGGCCAAUCAGGGGUGACCAGUUUUUUAAUGCCAAGUUGGUGGUGAGUCAUCUUAAGAUUGGUUAUAUAGUUGCCGAUGAUUUAUCAGAGAUGGUUAAGAAAGAUGAUAUAGUAAAGGGUAUUGAGAGUGUGAUGGGUGACGAGGAGAUGAAAAAACGAGCAGAGAUUUUAAGUGGCAAGUUUGAGCAUGGCUUUCCAGCGACGUCAGUGGCUGCAUUGGAAGCUUUUAGUGAAUUUAUUAGCAAAAUGUAACUUGAAGUGCCAUUUAAUAAUGAAUAAAUGAUUGUAUCAA